AUGUUCCAGAGGCUGAAUAAAAUGUUUGUGGGUGAAGUGAAUACUACUUCCAACCAAGAACCAGAAUUUAGUGAGAAAGAAGAUGAUGAAUGGAUUCUUGUUGACUUCAUAAACACAUGUACUGGUUUUUCAGCAGAGGAAGACGAUGAUGACGACAUCGGUGAAGAGUCGCCCACAGAGCACCCAUCAGUCUUUUCCUGUUUACCUGCAUCUCUUGAGUGCUUGGCUGAUACAAGCGAUUCCUGCUUCCUUCAGUUUGAGUCCUGUCCAAUGGAGGAGAGCUGGUUUAUCACCCCUCCCCCAUGUUUUACUGCAGGUGGAUUAACCACUAUCAAGGUAGAAACUAGUCCUAUGGAAUAUCUUCUCAUCGAACAUCCCAGCAUGUCUGUUUAUGCUGUGCAUAACUCCUGCCCUGGUCUCAGUGAGGCCAACUGUGGGACUGACGAAUUUCAUAACCCAACUAGUCCCAGAGUGGGAGCUCAAAAUGAAAUAGGGCAGCACAUUCAUUGCUAUGUUGCAGCUCUUGCUGCUCAUACAACUUUUCUGGAACAACCCAAGAGCUUUCGCCCUUCCCAGUGGAUAAAAGAACAUAGUGAAAGACAGUCUCUGAACAGAAAUAGCCUUCGUCACCAAAAUCUUACCAGGGAUUGCCACUCUCAGCAAGUCAAGCACAAUGGCUGGGUUGUUCAUCAGCCCUGCCCGCGUCAGUACAAUUACUAAGAAUUUCAAGUUUGUUGGUUGGUUUCUCUUGGUUUGUGCAGUGUACGUGGAUGUGUGUGUAUGUACAAGA